AGAGAGAGAGAGAGAGAGAGAGACUGCAGCAUCGCUAGAGACCGACAGCAGCAGCAGUCCCAAGCAGUGCAGGUGAGAGGAAAAAAAGCCGGAGGAGGAGGAGGAGGAUGCGGAGGAGGCGCAUGUGGAGGAGAGAGAGUGAGGGAGAGAGAAUGCGGGACUCUUCGAAAAAGACGCAUCCACACUAGGUCCGUCAGCGAGACAUCCAUCCCGAACACAGGGCUGCACAGGAUUUUACUAAUUUGAUGCUGAUGCCGGGAUAUCCCAUCUCUCCCCCAGAACAGAAGCCCUAAUUUCAUGUUGUCUGACCAAAUAUGACCAAAAAGUCGCUGUGAAAAAAAGCACUCUUGCCUCCUCACAACUUGCGUGAAGGAAUCCGACGGCUUGGCACGUUGCUCCACUGCGGGAAAAAGAGAGAAACGCAGCUGGAUCUGAAGGUAAGAAAAGAUCCGGCAGCAGCAUCCCAUAUACUUUUUCUAAAAACUGAUUUUUAUUCGUUUUGGGAGAUGUGAGUUCAAUUCCUCGGUGUCCGGAGAGCCGAGUGGUGUUUUUUUUUUCUUCUUUUGUGUAGUGGUGCUGCAUUGCAGUUUCUAACUGUGAAAAACCGCUGUCCCACAUGUGACUGGAAUAAAAAGAACUUACAAAUGGCAUAAUGAACUGAUAAGAGUCCUCGUGUGACAACGGAAUAGCUGUGCACUUUACAGGAAAGAAAAAAAAGGAGGAAGGGACAGUGAAGUGGAUUAAUCAAAGGCUGCUGAAUUAGUUUUUUUUUCUUCUUUACGCAGCGGGAUGGAUUUUUUCUAUCUCUUUUUUUGCCGUGUACAGCCCCUUGAAACACCGGAAUUACUAUUAUAGAAGUUCAUAAUCCACUAGUAAGAGGAGGAGAGGACAGAAAGAAGGCUGCACCGCUGAAGUGAAGUAGCUCCAGAGUGAGAGCACAAGCUUUUUCCCGGACCUCAGGCGGCAGUCCGCAGAGAGCGAUAGGGGGAAGGAAAGAAGUGGAUAAAUCAAACACCCACGCUGUGAGCAACACAAGACCACAAAACACAAAUAAAGACGAAACAAGCCUGUGCUAGAAGGCAGACAGAGCGGGAAGCGAAGAGGCGAGAGGCAGAAGGAGCCAUGCAGAGGCUUGGUGCAGUGCACUCCUCCGCGGUGCAGACGCGCAGCCUCGUGGUCUUGGUGCUGCAGCUGCUGACUCAGCUCCGGGGUGCCGACUCAGCUCUCCGGUACCGGGUGGCGGAGGAGGGCCCGCCUGACGUCAAGAUUGGCAAUGUGGCCGCCGACCUGGGCCUCACAGCAGGCACAGGAAGCGGGGAUGUCACCUUCGCCCUGGAGAGUGGAUCAGAGUAUUUCAAGAUUGACAAUGUGACAGGUGAGCUGACAACUGGACCACGGCGCAUCGACAGGGAGAAGCUCCCACAGUGCCAGAUGAUAUUUGAUGAAAAUGAGUGUUUCUUGGACUUUGAGGUGUCAGUGAUUGGGCCUUUGCAGAGCUGGGUAGACCUGUUUGAAGGCCGUGUGGUCAUAACAGAUAUCAAUGACAACACCCCCUCCUUCCCAUCCCCUGUGCUCCAGCUGUCAGUUGAAGAAAAUCGACCAAUAGGAACCCUUUACCUGCUGCCCACUGCCACAGACAGGGAUUUUGGGCGAAAUGGUAUUGACCGAUACGAGCUGAUCCAAGAUGGUGGAGCUGUGUCAAGUUCAACAAGGCGCACAGUUGGAGGAAAUCCUAAUACUAGAGUAGAUGGGCUUGGGGACAGAAGGGGUAGAAGUGGAGAUAAUGGAGGAGGGGCCCGGAGCAGUGUGUUUGAACUACAAGUGGCAGACAUACCAGAUGGUGAAAAACAACCACAACUUAUUGUCAAAGGUACAUUGGAUCGGGAGCAGAAAGACUCAUAUGAACUCUACCUCCGAGUUCGAGAUGGAGGGAACCCAGCACGUUCCUCCCAAGCCCUGCUGCGUGUUUCCAUCACUGAUGUGAAUGACAACAGCCCACAGUUCGAAAGGGCCACAUAUGAGGCUGAGAUGGCAGAAAAUGCUCCUCCAGGUACACCUGUCCUCCAAGUCAGAGCAUCAGACCGUGACAUUGGAGUCAAUGGACAGGUUGAGUACGUCUUUGGAGCCGCCACUGAGUCUGUUAGGCGACUCCUGCGGCUGGAUGAGGCCACUGGCUGGCUGAGUGUUCUUCACAGGAUUGACAGGGAAGAAGUGGCUCAACUGAGGUUUACAGUUACAGCCAGGGAUCGAGGUCAGCCUCCACGCACUGAUCGGACCACUGUAGUGUUGGCUGUCCGUGAUGAAAACGACAACGUCCCAGUAGUAGAGAUCAGGAAAAUUGGAAGAAUCCCUGUUCGAGAUGGAGCAGCAUUAGUACCAGAGAAUGUCCUGGUGGACACACCGGUAGCUCUGGUGCAGGUAUCAGACCGAGACCAAGGAGAGAAUGGGGCUGUGACAUGCACAGUUGUAGGAGACGUACCAUUCACACUGAAGCCAGCUGGAGAAACAGCACUCCCACCCCUGCCAGCAGAUGAAGCUUUUGACAGGAACAAGAAAAAAUACUUCUUACAUACUUCUGCCUUGCUGGACUAUGAGACCACCAAAGAGUACAGUGUUACUAUUGUAGCAGUAGACUCUGGAAGCCCCAGUCUGUCCAGCAAUAGCUCUCUGAUGGUGCGAGUGGUAGAUAUUAAUGAUCAUGCCCCAACUUUUCCUCAAAAUGUUGUGGAGGUCCACUUUGCUGAAAACAAUUCACCUGCAGAGAGGGUGCUGACCGUUGUAGCCACAGAUGCAGACAGCGGCAAGAAUGCAGAGAUUGCUUAUUCCUUGGACCCUGCAGGUAAUGGACCAUUUUACAUAGAUGCAGAUAAUGGAGAUAUUCGGGCAACUGGGGCUCUGGACCGUGAGCAGCGAGAGAGAUAUGAACUUAGGGUUAUUGCCAAAGAUAAGGGCACCCCUCCUCUGCAAGGCUCAGCAACUGUUGUUGUUCAAGUGACUGAUCGCAAUGACAAUGCACCAAAGUUUGUUCAGGAAGUUUUUACGUUCUAUGUCAAAGAGAAUCUGCUUGCCAACAGCCCAGUUGGUAUGGUCACUGUGACGGAUGCUGACGAAGGUGAAAAUGCAGAACUCAGUCUUUUUGUGGAGAUGGAUGGAGCUGAUGAGAAAAAAGCAGGAGGUGGGGGUGGAGAGAAAAUGGAAGGAGAUAACAGAGAGAAAGACCAAGAAGAGGUGUUUUCCAUUGAGAACAAUACAGGGACCAUCUUCUCUUCUGCUUCAUUUGAUCGUGAAAAGCUAUCCACCUAUACUUUCCGUGUUCGGGCAGUGGAUGGAGGAGAGCCCCGCAAAACAGCCACUGCUACCGUCUCACUCUUUGUGACAGAUGAAAAUGACAACGCCCCUUCAGUCACCUCUCCAGCCAAUGAAUCCUACACCCUCCUUGAACCUGCCAGCAGCGCCCGCACAAUAGUCAGCACCGUAACCGCCAUAGACUCAGACACAGGUCCAAAUGCAGAUCUUCAUUAUGCUCUAGUGGGAGGAAAUCCCUUCAGACUGUUUGAAAUUGGCCACACCAAUGGAGUGAUCACCCUGGCAGAACCUCUUGAGCGGCGCCACAGAGGUCUACACCGCCUUGUGGUGCGAGUUAAUGACAGUGGGAUCCCUUCCUUAUGUGCUACUGCUCUGGUUCAUGUAUUCAUCAAUGAAAGCCUGGCCAAUGCUACUAUAGUGGAUGCACAGGUGGCUCGAAGCUUGAUGGCUCCACUGUCACUGGACAUUGCAGGGGACCCAGACAGUGAGCGUGCAUUAGGAAAACAGCGCCUCAGUGUAGCUAUCGGUGUCCUGGCAGGAGCUGCAGCAGUUAUUCUGGUUAUCCUCCUUGUAGUCACAGCUCGACAGUGUGGUGCUCAGGGUAAGAAUGGCUAUGAGGCCGGUAAGAAGGAGCCAGAGGAAGACUUUUUUAGUCCUCCAGGCACUCAACCACAGGUCGGCCGCGGUGGUGGAUCAGACCGUGGACGCAAACCUCGGCGGGACAAACGUAAUGGGAGUGGCGGCAGUGCGGUAGCAGGAGGAGGGAAGUCAGACCGGUCAUUAUACAGCGGUAUCGUCACAGUGAACGGCCUGCGACGCCAUGCCAAUGAUGACGAUGAGGAGGAUAUUAGCAGUGCCAGCGAGCGCUUAGCAGCCCGCUACUGUGCUGUGGAUGGUGACCCCGGCAGUCCACGGAUGGGUGGUGGGAGGAGGCACCAGUCAAGCCCAGAUCUUGCCAGGCACUACAAAUCCAGUUCACCUCUCCCUGCAGUAAAUCUACAGCCUCACUCACCCCCAGCUGAGGGAAAGAAGCACCAGGCCGUCCAGGAGCUGCCUCCUUCCAACACUUUUGUGGGCAGUGGGGGUUGUGUGGGGAGUGCUGGCUCCAGCAGCAGCAGUAGUGGGGGCAGUGGCAAUGCAGAUGCAAUGUCCCUGGGAUCUGACCAGUGCUCAGAGUAUGGCUGCCAAACUGGGAACAAGUACAGCAAACAGGGGACCCUUCGCCGGGUGACCUUCUCAGUAGUCAGCCAGCCCCAGGACGGUGGUUGCUAUGACAGUGGCCUGGAGGACUCAGAAACACCGAGCAGCAAGAGCUCAUCAGGGCCGCGGCUGGGUGCCCUGCCCCUGCCCGAGGAGGGCUAUGAGCGGACCACACCAGAGGGCAGUGUGGGGGAGGAGGAGCAUGUGGAAAACGAUGCCAGACAGCUGCCAGAUGUUGCUCUGACAGGAAAGUGUACCAGGGAAUGCGAUGAGUUUGGCCACUCUGACACAUGCUGGAUGCCCGUUCGCCCCUCACCUCGGCAGCGCCAGCGCCACGGCAGCGAUCCCCCACGGCUCUCCACUUUCGCACCUGGAGAUGAUAACAACAAUCUCCGUGGUAACGACCAUGAGAGCGACAGCGAGAGCGCUGGCAGCGCAGGGAGCUCUGAACCCGGGGUGGUCGUUAGUGUAGAAGGUCAGAGAUUACCUUUAGCCAACGGGGAUCCCCUCGGCACCCUGGGUAGCGGAGAUCGCAACAGGAACAUGGGCGAUCACAACCGUAACCUACUGAACCGCAAGAUGACUUCAGCAUCCUACGAUACAUUUAGCAGCGCUGGCUUCGGGAGACGCCAACAAGAGGAGGAAGGAGGAGAAGGCCAGGACCCUCCUGAGGUUAUACCCCUGACGCGAACAGGAGGGGAUUACAAGACCACGUCCUGCCUCACAUUGUCACGUCGUGAAGUCUACCUGUGACAGCCAUGCAAUGGAGCAAUCACCCUACCUACGCUACCACUUUCUGAAAAAGACGGAGUAUUCAGAUGAAACUGGCUAAAGUAUGUAAACAUCAUAACAGAAGGCCUUUUAAACCUGUGAAGAUGUGAAAAUGUCAGAGUUGAGAUGUUUUCCGUAUAUCACGUUGACAUUUUUGGAUUCCAACCAAUAUUUAUAGGCACUUAAACUUAAGCAGGAGACGGAUGAGGGAUCCAACAAGGAAUACUUUGUAAAGAAGUUUUUUUUAACUACUGGCAAAGUUGCCUACAGGCAAAGAUGCUAUUAUGUCCGUGUGGAGGAGGACAACUUUAUCUCUUCUCCUUUUUACCUGAAUCCAAUGCAUGCCUGAACCUUCGCCACAGAGGGAUCUGUGUGAAGAAGAGAGAGAUUGAGACUGAGUAAAUCCUGAUGCUAAAAAUGCCUCAGUGCAUAUAAAAAAAACUUUCAGUGAGGUUAGACCGAGCGUGAUUUGGAAUCAGCUGGCAAACCAUCUGCUGAAAAACCACUGAGGUUUUAUCAAAAUAGCUAAAAAUAAGCAAAGAGUGCUUUGAUGGAAGUAUUUGGAUCAAAUUCAGAAUCAAACCCUCUAAUGCCUAAUCAACCUUUAACAUUACAAGAUGGGGAUGUGGAUGUGACUAAUCAAACUGCAAACCCUAAGAGAAUCAAGUCAUGAAGAACGUAUCAAAACUGCAACAAAAAUGAGGUCAUUGUACAGUAACAAAAUAGAAAAAAUGUGUUGAUCUCAAAAAUCAGGUAUUCUGUAAAAACACAAAGGAUUCUGAACAAACUGCAACAAUGUGAAUAGAGAGAUUUUUUUUUACUGUAAUCAAAUAUAACCAUUCAGAAUACAAGGUUCUCAUAGAGUGUCAGUAGUGCCACAGUAUUCCAGUGUGUUUGAAAAUAUGUGUUUAUUAUUUUGCCUCCUUGCCCCGUCUGUAUGUAUAUAUGUGUGUAUUUGAUAAAACAGCAGUGUUAUCUGUGCUGCUGUCCACCGUUUCAAAUCUGACUGUGGUGCUGAUUUCAACUGUGCACCUACAGUAUGCUAACAGUGUUCAUGUAUCAUAAAUGUUCUUACACACAUACACAUAUACAUAUGCGCGCAUGCAUAGACUUACACACAUACACACUUAAGCAUGCAAACACAAACUCAUACUGUGCAUUUACAGAAUGUGAACAUGCAUAAGGCCACAGUUUAUGACAUGAUUCAGUGGCCAUGUAACAUAAAGUAUAUAAUAGCUUGCAUUAACUGUCAUACAGAAACAUUAAGCACAUCUACAAACACACAUACAGUACAAGUACACACACAUAAAGCAUAUUAGGACAUAAGUGGAAACACAAGUCAACAUUAAGAUGUGUGCAAUGCGCAGUUCAUGCACUAUGUGUGUAUGUGUUCUCUUUCUCAUCAUUUUAACAUAUUGCCUCUCAUUAAAACUAGCUGUAGCAUUUUGCCUGCUCCACUCCAACCAGUAUUUAAACAUGAAAUGUAUUUAAAUAAUUACUCAUCACUCUGACUGAUGUGUGGGGCUACAUUAAAGGGAAUUUCAUUGACAUCUACCGUAUGUAAUGAUAGACAAUGUUGGAAUAUGAGAUAUUCUGCAUACUGUAAGUAGGACUCAUAGAAAAAACAAAUUUAGAAAAAAAAGAAAAGAAAAAAGGACUCUGCAUGAAUGAAAGAUACUGCUCACUUUUUUCCUCUCUUUUUUAAACCAUACGCCUUUUUGGAUACUGUACCACGCCUAUUUGGAUACAUGUGUAUUAUAUGUGUGUGCUAAUGGGGAAACGGAGAUAAUGAUGGCAGCAAGGGAGUUUGCCUCAGUGGAUUAAACUGUUGCUUCUUUAUCGUAGAGUUAGUGUAGGGUAACCUUAGGCCUUUCGCAGAGUUUGCAACGCUAAAAGUUGGCACAACGGGUGCUGCAGGCUGUAACAAUAAAGAACACAAUGUAGUCGGAGCACACAGUUCUCCUGCGACCCUUUCCACCACACAGUGCCGACCUAAACACGCCCAUACUGCUGUGCUGAACCACGCAGAUAACAGACUCCUUCACAUUCGCCCUUCCCAGCAGCUACUGCACGACUCCAGAUACACUCUGCUGCACUGGGCUGUAGAGUGGGUGUGGAUCGAGGCCAGCACAUCUUAAUUCCCAUCAUCAGUGUGUGGUUCAGUAGUGUGAUAGGGAUAAUAGGGUUAGGUCGUCCCUGUGGUCUUAAUGAGUUUCCUUUCUCCUCUCCUCUCCUCUCUUGAUCUGCUCUGAUCUCAUUAAUGUCUGGAUUGGCGAAUGUAACACUACUGGAAAUUGCCAGUAAGUGUGUCUCUUUGGUUUUCUGGUUGUUUUAGAUCAGACUGACCACAGCAAACAUACAUUUUAAGGUUACACUACAGUUUAAGUUCAUAGGUGCUUGUAAGACAGAAUUAGUCUGUCACAAAUGAGAGUAACACUCAGGUAAGAUGAGCAACAAUGUUUAACCUGCUACUGUAACUAAUUACUUGUGGUUUUUAUGUAGCCACACACAAACCCACACACUGUUGCUGCUUGACUGUCCCUUCGCUGAAAGAUAACUUAAUAAUAGGUACCAUGUGCUCACCAUUAAUUUUUCAUCAGUAAUUAGGCUGAGAAGUGGGUGCGCUCUAUACGUGUGACUACACUUUGUAUACCUGUAUAUACCUUUACAACUCCGUGACAGACACCCUUUAGCUUGUUUCAGCCCACUGAUGUAGUACUUACUCCCUUAGCCUUCAUUACCCCCAAAGCCCCAACAUGGCUGUUUAUUGAGCUCUGUUAUUGAUGGACUGUGUGAGGAAGUAGCGCAACUGAGGGACUAACAUAUGAGGUUUUACAGUUCUCUUUGAAAAGAGAUUGGUGAAAACAAUCACAACCUGCAGAGUACAUGAGGUACACGGAAAAGACAGAUGGACACCUGUUCAUUCACUGGACAGAAAUGAGAAAUGUUCUUAAUCCCUUGGACACUUGAAAGGAAUUAAAGUCCAGUUUGUACAUUUUGGAAAGAGACUCCUGACAGCCCUGCCUCUUCAGAGUGGCAGAUAUUUCUUCACACUGCUGUUUUAUGGCAGUUCCAUUACAGCACCUUUCAAAUCCUCCGAUCCGGAUUUAAGGGAACUUGGUGUAAAUGAAUCUGUGUGGGUGUGUACUUUUUUUAUACUGCACGUUUAACUAUGAAAAUGUUUCAGUCUACUGCAAAACAAAGAAGGGAACGAGACAGAGAAGAGCGUACUGUCUAAGAACUACCACACACUAAUCAAGACUUUUUAACAAAAAGAAAAAAAAAAAAAAAACGAAAAAAACAACGGACACUGCGGACAUUGUGUACCCGUCAUCCCCCUCAUGCUGUUAUCCUUAUAGCCAUGUACAGAUAAAACUACUCUGUAGAACAAACAACAGGAACCAUAACAGACAAUGGCAUGCUUACAAAUCUGCACUUGUGAAAAAAAAGAAAAAACUGAUAUUUUUAUUUUCAUCUUCUUUGUUUUCUUUUCUUACGGGGCCGGCUGAAUUUUUUGCUGCUCCCUUCCUGUAAUUACUUUAUGAACUAAUUGCAUUUGCUAUGACGAGGAAGAUGAGGAGCUGUCGAUGAAUGGUUUGGUAUGAAGAUGAAUCAUGUAAAAGUUUGACUUUGACAUUAAAAACUGCAAACACA